AGAAAAAGAAAGAAAAUAUUGCAAUAGGACAAAACCGAAAAGGGUCAAACGGCUCUCACUCCCCAUUUUACACUUGAAAACUCCAAAUUCCUUGGUCUCUGCCUCCGACAGUCUCCGCCAUGCCCGCCAACCACCACCACCGCUCCACUUCUCUUCUCUCCUCCACCUCAGCCUCCUCUUCCUCCUCUUCCCAAUCCUUCCUUUCGAAGCUGCUUCUCCUCCUAACAGUCCUCCCUCUCUCUUUAGCUGCCUUAGCCUUCGUUCUCCAGUGGCGCGGAGGCAGUGUGUCCGAUCCCACCGUCGCCACAUCCUCCGCCACUUCUCGAUGGGCCCCACGGGGGUCCCACCACGAGGUCUUCCCUGGCAUGGAGACUUUCUCGUCCCUCUCCCCUAAAUCCCAUUCUUCUACUGAUUGCAUCAAUCUUGGUCGUAGCUCUUCCCCUUCAUUCCCUUACUAUGGAGACUGGAAAUUUGGUUUUGAAGCCAAUUUGAAGCCAAAGAUUUGUGUCACAACAAGUACAUCAGCUGGCUUGGAGCAGAUUUUACCAUGGAUGUUUUAUCAUAAGGUUAUUGGAGUCACAACCUUUUUCCUCUUUGUGGAAGGGCAUGCUGCAUCUCCUAACGUUUCUAGAGUUUUGGAAUCUAUCCCUGGAGUAAAAGUUAUAUACAGAACAAGAGAGCUUGAAGAUCAGCAGGCUAAAAGCCGGAUCUGGAAUGAAACAUGGCUUUCAAGUUUUUUUUACAAGCCAUGCAAUUAUGAACUAUUUGUGAAGCAGUCUCUCAAUAUGGAAAUGGCCAUUGUCAUGGCACGGGAUGCAGGAAUGGACUGGAUACUUCAUCUUGAUACUGAUGAACUGAUACACCCAGCUGGUGCAAGUGAAUAUUCUUUGAGGCAGUUGCUCCUUGAUGUGCCUAGCAAUGUCGAUAUGGUCAUAUUUCCAAAUUAUGAGAGCAGUGUUGAACGAGAUGAUAUCAAGGAUCCUUUUAGUGAGGUAACAAUGUUCAAGAAGAACUAUGACCAUCUUCCGAAGGACACAUAUUUUGGCUUGUAUAAAGAAUCAACUCGCGGUAAUCCAAACUACUUCUUGACUUAUGGAAAUGGGAAAGCUACUGCUCGUAUUCAGGAUCAUCUUCGUCCAAAUGGUGCUCACAGAUGGCAUAAUUAUAUGAAAACCCCAAAUGAAAUCAAAUUGGAGGAGGCUGCUGUUCUACACUACACAUAUGCCAAAUUUUCAGACUUGACAUCUAGACGUGAUCGGUGUGGCUGCAAACCUUUGAAGGAAGAUGUCAAAAGAUGCUUCAUGUUGGAAUUUGAUAGAGCUGCAUUUAUAAUUGCUUCAACUGCAACAGAGGAAGAGAUGCUUAACUGGUAUCGUGAACAUGUUGUAUGGGGUGAAAAAGACCUAAGACUGAAACUCCUGAGAAAGGGGAUUUUAACUCGCAUAUAUGCUCCUAUGGCCAUAAUACAAGGUUUAAGGGAGUCUGGCGUCUUCAGCUCCAUUAUUGCAACUGCCCCCACUACUCUUUCAAGGGACAAGUUUUUAGCAUCCAUUGAUAGUAGUAACUCAUCAAGAGCUGUUCCCUCUGUGUCUUUUGCAUCAAGAAAGAUUGGUAGAAGCACAGAGCAUCAGGCAUCUGCUAGGAAGGUGCUAGAAAUUGAAGCUAGUGCAGAUCAUGAGGCUGCUGUUCCACCAUUGUCUCCUCCCAGUAUGGACAAUGAAAACCUCAUCAGAGAAUGAUGGAGUGACUGGCGUGAGUGCUUCUCUAUUUUCUGCUACUUUGGAUGGUUUGCUUUGAAGGGAUGGAAUCAAGAGACGAGAGAAAGAGCACGAAGGCAGUUACCUUGUUUUGGUGUAUAGUCAGAGAGAUUUUUGCUCUACAACUUGACGUUGAAGCAAGAAAUCUUGUAUUUUAAUUCUCUCUCAUCUGUAGAUACCACAGUAUUGACAUUUGAGGCUGUCAUUAUUUCUUAUUUCAUUAUAUGGAAAUGAAACGGAAGAACUGUCAUAUUUAUGUAUUUCUGAUCUUUUGGACUUGUUA